CCUUCUUCACUUCCUCACUUUCGUUUUCAUGUUCAGCCACGAACCUUUUCCAAUCCCCACACAAAACAUCAUCAUUGUCUUCAUGAAACAACACUUCACAUGCAGUACUACUGAAAAACAAAACAAGAACGAGAAGAAGAAGAAGUGAAUUAAACAUUCAACUUCUAUUUUCAUUUAUUUAUUUUUGUUUAUUUAACCGCAACUUGUCCAUACGGUUUUUCCUAAGAGACAAGCAAGAACUACAUUUGCGUCUCGCUUUUAGCCACCGAGCAUCAGGCUUCGUUUGAUCCAGGCAGGUGGAAGAGCGUGGCAAUGGCUUUCAUUCCUGCUGCAACGGAGCUGUUGCCGACCGUUGUCAGUGAUGCUGAACUCUCUAAAAAAGAUGAGAAGCAGAAGAUAGAUAUUCAACAGAAUAGUAAUCAUAUGACCAAUCUUGCUAUCACCAAGUGCAGUGGCGAGACACAAGCCAAUUUGGCUUCAGUUAUUACUCAAUACGUGGAGACUCUAAAUCAGCACAACUUGCGCUUCUUGGGUUACCCCACUAAUCAAGACUUCGACUAUGAUGCACUAGCACCGUUAUUGCAUUUUCACCUAAACAAUGUUGGUGAUCCAUUUACAGAGAGUAGCUUUAGUUUAAAUUCAUCAAAAUUUGAAGUUUGCGUGCUUGAUUGGUUUGCUAACCUAUGGGAGAUAGAUAAGGGUGAGUAUUGGGGAUAUGUCACAACUGGUGGAACUGAAGGAAAUCUUCAUGGAAUUUUAACAGGGAGGGAACAGUUUCCAGAUGGUAUUCUAUAUACUUCACAGGAUUCGCAUUAUUCAAUAUUUAAAGCAGCAAGAAUGUAUAGGAUGCAAUGUGUGACAGUUGGCACUUUGGUCUCUGGUGAGAUUGAUUGUGUUGAUUUAAAGGCUUUACUUCUUGCUCAUAAGGACAAGCCAGCCAUCAUCAAUCUGAAUAUAGGAACAACCAUGAAAGGAGCUAUUGAUGACAUUGAUCUUGUAGUGCAAACACUUGAAGGAAGUGGCUUUUCGUGUGAUCAAUUUUACAUUCAUUGUGAUGGAGCUUUAUUUGGAAUGAUGAUGCCAUUUCUUAUACAAGCUCCAAAGGUUACCUUCAAGAAGCCUAUUGGAAGUAUAACCAUUUCUGGCCAUAAGUUCCUGGGAUGCCCAUUUCCUUGUGGUGUUUUAAUAACUCGUUUGGAAUAUAUCAACACAUUAGCUAAAAAUGUUGAAUAUAUUGCUUCAAGGGAUGUCACAAUCACAGGAAGUCGUAGUGGGCAUGCUCCAAUUUUUCUCUGGUAUGCACUCAAAGAAAGAGGUUCAGUAGGACUCCAAAAUGAAGUACAAAAAUGCAUAAUUAGUGCACGUUAUUUACAACAUCGACUUCGUGAAGCCAAAAUUGGUGCAAUGUUAAAUGAGUUUAGCAACACUGUCGUCUUUGAGAGGCCUCAAGAUGAUGACUUCGCUCGUAAGUGGAGCUUAGCAUGCAAAAAAAAUAUUGCACAUGGGGUGGUGAUGCAACAUGUUACUGUUGAGAUGUUGGACUCCUUCGUUAAUGAAUUUAUUCAGGAACGACAAAUUUGGUUUCAAGAUGAUGGUAAGAGAAAUCCCCUAUGCCUUGCAAACGACAUUGGUGUUGGAAAUUGUGCUUGCAUAUUGCACGAAUGAUUUUCAUGCUUGUGUGUUCAAUUGUGUUUCCUAGCUUUAAUUUUUCCUUUCUGAAUAGUGUAUUGGAUACAAUGUCAUAAUAUAUUUCCGAACCAUCUGCAUUAUUAUCAGCAAUAUGCAUAUUGUACUAUUUCUUUUGUGGUCUUAUUAACCAGUAA